AUCUCUUUCGCACGCCGCACGCCCUCCUAUACGUCGCAUCUUCGCCUGUCGCGCGCCAUCAUCGCAAUCCUCUCCAUGGCUGCAUACAUAGCCCGUUAAUCUGUAGCUCCGCGUCGCAAUCCCUCCUCCGGCCCACCCCGUCCUGUCAUGCCGUCACAGCUUACUCGUGUCGUCUUCCGCAGCAUCAUUGCGAACAAGCCACUGCUGUACCGCGGCUGCCUCCAGCGCUCGACUGUUCCUCGUAUCGUGCUGCAGAAUGGGUUUCGGUGGCCGGUAGUCACCUCGCAGCGUCGAACCUUCCUCAAUAUCUUCAAACAAGAACGCAAAGUCAAACCUGCAGAGCUGCUUCCGGGCCUUGAUACACUAGCUGAAGUAGCCCGCGCUCAGCAGACGUCAGCACGCGCUCCACCUCCCAGCGAGGUGGCUGCAGCUUUCAAGGAGUUCUUCCCCCUGAAAGGGCGGAGAUGCGAGGAUUUCCACAUCAUCAUUGCCGGCGACGCCUUCAGAUAUCUCCAAGGAAGUCCGCGCGACAAUGGCUCACCCUGGUUAUCUACAAAGGACAUAGUCAAGGUGUUCAAGAGCCUCGAGAAGCCUCCUAAGACGGGCGGAGGGCCGCAUUUGGAGCUUGCGAAGCUUCUUAAUGACGAGCUGCGUAAGAGAUGUGAGGUGAAGCGGGAACUGGGAUCGUCGGAGGCAGUGAGCGCGAACGAGCUUCCGGAUCAACCACAGUUCUUCGCCAUUCUCACCCUAUACGGCGCAACUUCCGAAGCAAGAGAUCUGGCUACUUCAUUGUAUAGACCGAGCCAAUCCGAGACCUUCGCACGGUUGUCUUGUAUUGCUACUGUAUGGACUGCUAUUCUUCGCGGCUUUGUUCGUGAGAAUAAUGAAGAGGAAUUACUGCGAACAGCAGAAUUGAUGUCGACCCUUUCGAUCCCCUUCGUUGCGGAUAUGCAAAGCGUGCUGGUAACCUUUUUUGGCGAGAGAGGCAACCUUGCGCAAGCGAAGCACUGGUAUUCGCAACCAGUGACUUCCUUAGCGGACGGCAUCGAGGCGGAACCGCACGGGAGCACGUAUGCCGCAAUCCUCAAGGUCUGUGCCUUGGGAGAUGAUCUGUCCUUUGGCCAGCAGGUUGUAGCUUCCCUGCUUAAACAACUGCCCGAUAAGCCAUCUUGGGAUGCGAUCUUUGUGUGGUCUGCAGCCAUCGGAAAAGGUGUGGACGAAGUGAAUCGGAUGAUGGAUGUCAUGGUCCGUCGAAACAACGAAGCACGACAAAAGGAUUUCUCAGUACCUGUAAUCCAACCCGAUAUCGACACCAUUAACGCGCUAGUGGAGUUCUCCAUCUCCAAGCGGGACCCUUAUACGGCUGAACGAUAUAUUGCCCUUGCCGAGAAACGCGGCAUUCUGUUGAACGCUAAGACCUUUACUAUGCAGAUGCAAUAUCGCCUUGCUGCGAAAGACGUUGAUGGCGCAAAGGCAGCAUAUUAUGGCCUCCAAGGAAGCGAGGAUGAAAGCUCCGUUGCGGUCACGAAUGAGCUCAUUCGUGCCAUGUGCAACUCCAAGCAGCAGACUUUUGACGAUAUCAUGUCAAUCGUUGACGAUCUCCAUCAGAGGAAGUCAUGGCUGGAACCGGAAACUGUGGCGGCGCUGUGUACGCUGCAUCUCCGCAGAGGAGAGGGGCAGGAUGCUCUGGAUUUGAUGCAAGUCCACGUACACCUCUACUCCCCGAGCCAGCGCGAAGUUGUACGAGACGCCCUCGUGAACUUUACGCUCGAUCGUCGGAAUAGCACGGCGGAUGCCUGGCAUACAUACCAGAUGACGAGGAAGAUUUUCCCUGAGACGCCUCGAAGUGUACGACUUCGCCUCAUGGAGGAGUUCUUUGCCCGGGAGCGCUCGGACAUGGCCUGCCACGUCUUCUUCCACAUGCGCUUCCAUACUCACGAGCUGAUUCGCGCUGAUAGCGACGUCUAUGUGGCAGCCUUUGCCGGAUUUGCCAAGUUCAAGGACGCUGAGAGUCUGGAACUGGUCGUCAAUCAACUCAAACUCGAUUUAACCGUCGAGCUGGAUACACGGAUGAGGAACGCCCUGAUGUUGGCACACUCAGCGGUAGGCAACAAUAGGCGAGCCUUUGAGCUCUGGGCGGAUAUCGUCAAUUCAAAAGAAGGUCCCACCUACAACAGCAUUGCCAUUGCUUUCAAGAUAUGUGAGGGCAUGCCUUGGGGAGAUGAGCGCGCCAAAGCUCUAUGGCGGAGGCUCAAACAGAUGGACGUGGAUAUCGACAAGCGCAUAUUUGUGGCAUACCUGCGUGCUAUUGCAAACAAUUUCCGGCAUGACGAGGCUCGGGCUCUCGUAGAGCAUGCCGAGGAGGAAUAUGGCUUCACGCCUGACCUCGACAUGCUUGGUAAUUGGUACAAUGCCACGAUCAAUAUCGAGAAGCAAAAGCGAGUUGAGGAUUGGAUCAAGCAGCACUAUCCUGCAGUAUGGACCGAACUCGAGCGCCUGGGACAUGAGGUAACCAUGGAAGGAUUUGGGUAUCGGCAAUACCACCUCCCCUAUGAUUUGGAGCCAUGACGACCCUGUGUUAAAUGAGGGCCAUGAGUUAUAUCAUCAGCCAUCUGUAAAGAUAUUUCUGUAAGAAUCGGAGAUGAGGAUUGUAAAUAUCAUCGUUGAAUGGUGGGGAGCAUCGCAAACCCCACCCAGGCACGUCGAAAUGCCAAUGUGGACAGGCGGAAAUGGUUAGACAAAGCCCAGAUAAUACCCGACCGAACGCCGCAUGUAGGUGCAAUACACCAUGACCUAUGGUAUCACAGCUUUUCCUCUGGGUAAAUAAAAAGGUGUCACUGCAUGAUGGCCCUGCAAUCCCAAACCAGCACACGCUCGUCCCAGCCAGUACUGGCACACCACCCUUCGGCUCCAAAGAGACACCAAUCCACGCCCGUGACGAACUCAGUAUGCCGACCCAUUCGUCCCAUUUCCCUGCCACCGC